CUUCCCGAGGGGCUGGAGUAAAGGAGGCGGUGAAGAAACAAUGGCAAAGUAGCUGAAGUGUGCUAGAACUGAUAUUGCUUUGAGACUAGCACCGAACUAGGAUCCGUAAUCUCUAAACGAUGCCAUAUCGUAUGCUUUUCCAAGUAUUCAAAAGCACUGCUUGUGAAACUGAAUGUUUCUGCUCUGGCUCUUCCCUUCUGGCGCCUGUCGUGUAGCGUCAGAACAGAAGAGAUUCGCUCAGCACAUCAGGAAGUUCAACACUAAUCAGCGAACAGCCCGUUAGUUCACCGCCGUUAAGAUUACUUCAUUUGGUGUCAGUACAUGGAUACUCUCAGGACGUUCCAAGAGCUCAGGAGUUCUUCUGUGGUGCUAUUUGAGGAGAUCUGGUGCUGAUUCAGCUGUGAUGAUGACCCCAAUGGAACUUCACUGACGUGCCUUAGCUGCUGCUUGAAGAAACCGUCUCCUCUCAAGUACUGGCAUAAAGGUUGCAGAAUGUGUCACGUCAUAGUCACAUGUCGCUCUAUGUUGUGGACCUUGAUGAGCAUUGUGGUGGCCUUUGCUGAGCUGGUGGCAUUUAUGAGCGCCGAAUGGCUAGUGGGAUAUCCAGAUGGUUCUGAGUUCAACAUCACCGUCACAGCUUCACACCGCAAUGACCAGCGCACCUUGGGUAUCUAUAGCCGCUGCAUCAAGGUGGCACAGCAGAAGGUGGUCCAGUGUGGGCCCUACGCCACAGACUUCAUGGAAAUAGCCAGUGGCUUCUGGCAAGCCACUGUUAUAUUUCUAGUCGUCGGAAUCUUUCUCCUUUCCGUCGUGGGCAUCCUUUCGGUUUUCAGCAUGUGCUUCCAGAGUAUCUUGAAGAAGAGCAUAUUCAAUGUGUGUGGCCUGCUGCAGGGAAUAGCAGGUCUAUUCCUCAUCCUAGGUCUGAUGCUCUAUCCUGCAGGCUGGGGCUCUAAGAAAGUGGUUGACUACUGUGGUCCGGAUGCUUCCCCGUAUAAAGUGGGCCUGUGUUCUCUGGGCUGGGCCUUCUACACAGCCAUAGGAGGCACUGUUCUCACUUUCAUCUGUGCUAUGUUUUCGGCCCAGGCUGAGAUCGCCACCUCCAGCGACAAGGUGCAGGAUGAGAUUGAAGAAGGACGGAGUCUCAUUUGUGUGCUGUGAGAUGUGAACACAAACCACUCAAA